AUGGAUCGGUUCGUGCAGAGAUCCAAACGUCCCCAGGCCAAUACCAACACGGGGAAACAGCUUCUGGCGUUUGGCUCGGGCAGCUCCCACAGGAACCCCGCCGGGCCGCCUGUCAAGAAGCCCCGGCGUCAAGAGGUAAAAGAUAGCGACGAUGAUGACGACGAUGAUGACGACGAUGAUGGCAAGGAGCCCGUCGUGAAAUCCGAGCGCGCCUUGGACAACUCUACAGAAUUAGAUCUAGAUGAGAACGGCCCCCCAGCUCUAGUUCCACACCGCCAGACCGCCUUUGAGAGCUCUUUGCCCCAAGUCGCGACGGGCAAAGAGGCUAUCCAGGAAUACGAGGCUGCCAGAUCCUCCCAGGCCGCGCUGGAUGGAACCAUCGACGGAGCGACGAGACUCGAAAACAGGCAAUGGGUCCCGGGGAAGAGCUCCAUCUAUGUUGACGCCUUCAAUCUUGCCCUGGACACGGUGCUCAAAGACGAGUCGCACCUGUUUGAUGCCAAGGAGAGGCGCGUCUUUGAGGAGUGGGGGGGUCUGAGCUACGAGACGCAGUAUCUUUAUGUACGGCUCUUUCUGCGCAAAGCCGCCACGUGGCACCGUGUUGAGCGUCUUGGGUACUAUGGCGAUAUCUCAGACGUUGGCCUCGCCAUCGCCAGUCUCCUGGAGCAGCGGCCUCUGCCUGGCCGUCUAUCGCAAGGCCUGUCCCAGGAUGAGCCUGGUGGUGAGAUGCAGGAGUGGUCACUGGGAGACUCUUUUGCUUUUGCCGACGACUCUGAAUCGUACAUCAAGACCAUUGAAGAGGCAUCCUCGCUGCUCAGCCUUGACGAGCUCAAGUCCCUCGCCAAAGAUGCCAAGGUUCAGGGCAAGAAUAAGCCAGACCUCCUCAAGGCGUUCUGCCGCAUGAGCGCACAGCAAUCGGGUCUCAUGGCUCUAGGAUUGCGGCGGACGAGCACGAACGGGUCGGGAAGCGGCCACGAGUCCCAGUCGCGGCACCAAAGCCCAGACAAGCAGGACUUGAACCGCAACUCGCACUUCCUGGCCAAGGUCCUUGCUAUAACCGGACCCCUCAUCCGACUAUCCGAGCCCGUCUUCAAGCUGUUUGAGCGUGUUCACUUGGUCUUUUACCGGUCCACAGAGUGGACUGAGAAGUCCCUCACCACCAUUGUACUGGCAAAGAUCUCGCGCAGGAACUUCCCCAGCUACCUGGUAUGUCGAUCGACUAACAUCUUCCCCUCCCGGCGCCGCCUUCUUGAAUUCGAGCACUCGAUGCGCAAGGAGUUCGAAGUCGAACAGAUCCUCGAGUUUAACGGCCCGCCUGGGGAGGAUGGCUUUUGCAAGGUGUUGGACGUCUUCGAAAGCAUCUCGGAACGUUGGAGGGAGCUACUGCGUGAAGAACAGCGCAGGGAAGCGAGCGUCUACGAAUUCGGCGAAGGAGGCUACCUUCGCCGUUUCAAUGCCGCUCACGCGUACUCGAGAAUUGCGCACAAGGUAGCUCAUGUCCUCGGCCGUCUUCACAGGUACAAGGAGGAGCACCAACUUCUGUCGGAACUACUCAGCCAGCGGCUCUUCCACCCAGCUCGCCGUGGCUCCUGGUACCAGCGCAAGGCGUUGUUGGAAGAGCGCUACAUGUGGGAAGUUGACCCAAAUCCCUCUUCGACCGGUCCUGAGGCGCAGAAGAAGCAUUGGCAGCGGAUUGCCGUCGCUACCUGUGAGACCGCCCUGGAGGACCCUGACUGCCAUCUCAUCUAUCACUACGAUCUGCAAAAGCGCCUGACCAAGCUCGAAAAGAGGCUGCGCAUCCCACGGCGCCUGCAACAUGAUUUCGGCCAUGUAAAGCUACGGCAGCCCGAAGAGCACACGGUCCAUGGCAUCCAGCUCCAGUCUGAUGACGCAAACACCAAGGGGAAGGCGGGGCGGGGGCCAAGCACCAAAACUCUGUGGCUCGACGAGCUCGGCGAGCCGGGCGAGGACGGACACCCUCUUCAUGUCAGCGUCGAGGACAUGUGUCUCUCGUACUACCGCAGCCAGGGCUGGAAGGGCUAUCACAGUGAAGGCGGUAUCCUCCGUACCCUGUUCGCCCAUCUCUUUUUCGACGUGCUCUUUGUCUACAUCCCCAACGUCUUCCAGACCGAGUACCAGACCUGCCCACUCGAUCUCCACACGGACGCCUUCUACCCGGCCCGCGCAAGCGAGAUCAACCACCGGCUGGUAGAAAUCGCCAACGGUAAAGCGGAAAAGCUUCUCCGCGAGGUUGACGAGCGGGAGCGAGAGCGUCGAACAUGCGUGGUGGGCCUGAACUGGGACUUUGACAUUGACGACCUGCUAGAGCUGGUCACCUGCUUCAACGGUGAAGCGCUCGCUGCCGUGUGCAAGGUCAUGGCACAGGAUUACAGGGCCCGCGGAGGUGGCGUGCCAGACCUUGUCCUCUGGCGGGUGGUGCAGGGUGAAGCUCAACACAGUGCAGAUGGCGAGGGGACGCGCAUCGGCGAAGUCCUCUUCGCCGAAGUGAAGAGCGCCAACGACCGCCUCAGCGAUACUCAACGGCUAUGGAUACAUGUCCUGACCGGGGCCGGCGUGCGGGUUGCGCUAUGUAACGCCGUAGCGAAAGAGGUUCGAACCAUUGGUUGA